UCAUUGGUGAUUCUUGCAUGUGCCCUGACUGCAACCUUGGUGUAUCGGGAGGAAGCACUAACCAAGAUACCUGGUUACAACCUCCUUUUCACUUUCUUGAUUAUGUCCUUUUAAGUACAAACAUUUUCAACUUUAACAAGGCCCAGCUUAUUUUUUGUUAUUGUUAUUUGGCAUUUGAUAUCAUAUCUAAGAAACCAUUGCCUAAUCCAAGCCCUAUGCUUUUUUCUAAAAGUUUUAAAGUUUUAGCUUUUACAUUUAGGUCUUUGAUUCACUUUCAGUUAAUUUCUGUAUAUGACAAGAGAAGAGGUCCAACUUUAUUCUUUUGAUUGUAUGUGCACUCAAGUGCAGCCACCCAAAAGGGGUACCCUGCAGGUCCUUCAUGGUGAUGGCACUUCUGUGGGGACUGUAAUCAUAUUCCACUGCCCCUCAGGACACCAGAUGAUCGGGUCCGGCCUCCUCACCUGUACCUGGAAGGGGAGCAUCGCUGAGUGGUCUUCAGGGAUCCCUCUGUGCAAGUCUGUGACAGCUCAUGAGACCUUCGGCUUCAGGGUGGCCGUGAUCGCCUCUAUCAUCAGCUGCGCCAUCAUCCUGCUCAUGUCCAUGGUCUUUCUCACCUGUUGCCUCCUGAAGUGUGUGAAGAGAACUAAGCAGCAGCACCUUGACAGAACUGCCCAGCUGUGGCUCCAGCUGAGAGAUGAAGAUUUGGAGAUGGUACAGGCCACCUACCUGGGCCUCAAGAGCUUGAAUAACAACAACAGUGGCCACUUUGAGUCUAGGAGCUGGCAUGGCCAAGGGCGUGACAACCACAGCUUUACCACAGACCUUGGUAAGAGUACCCGAGAGCUGGCUGGUGCAGCCUGCAGCAUAGACAAGGACCACUGGACCCCCAGCAACCUUGCCUGCUCACCGUGGGCCCAGGUGAUGGUGCACACACUGAACCCAGGGAAGACCCUGCCUGCCACAGGCCCACUGUUGAAAUGCCCAAACAGGCCAUGGCCUAUGUCCCAGGAUGACCAAGGCCCAAGCCAGAGAUGCCCUCCACACUGAGAGGACCAAGCCCACCCUUCAGCAGGCCACCUAUACCUCGACAUGUGUCCAAGUCGAGACUAGUCAGUGAAGUAAGCUUCUGGGUUUAGGAAUUCCUCAGGACACCUUCCUGAUUCUGAAGGCUGAGAGUGACCUGUCCUGGGGAGCUCAGCUGUUGCAGCUUUUAUAGGUAGGCUUCCUUGAAACCACCACUGAGGUUUACAGAUCCAACUAUAGCCCUGCUUCAGCCAGGGACCUUUAAAGAGACUGGGGACAUUUUAAACAUGUCUGGUUUUGCAUCGCAAAAAAGGAAGAGGACAGCCAAAUUCUCAACAUUAUCAGCAAUCACAGAGAUGAAUCUUCUUUCACAGAGUCAGCCACCCAUACAAAGGAACCCAGCUGAGUGCUCUAUCCAUUAACUGUAAAGUUGUGGUGAAGGCUGUGAAAUAAAGAAUUCUAACACUGAAAA